UUUGGAAUGAGCUUUCUCCCCGAGAACUUUUCGUGGCGCUGCCGCGGACUCGAUGCGCGGUAAAGCCGCGCACGGACGCCCCUUGGGUUUAUCGGAUUAACGCGUUUGUUCCGCCGCGCCAGGAAGCCAAGAGUUAAAGCCCGGGCGCGCUCUCUAUCAUCUCAGCAAAAAAUUAACUUUGGGGACUGGCGUAGAAACAAGUUUCCCGCGGGGUCCUCAGCCCGUAUCCGUUUAUGUUGGUCCCCAGAGAGCGGCUCGCUGAAGAGUUACGCUCGCCUCGCUGUUCUGUAAAAACUCCGUGGAGGUCCCUCACUCAAAAGGCUUGUUGUGAUGCGUAUCCCCGUAGAUACCAGCACCAGCCGCCGCUUCACGCCGCCCUCCACCACGCUGAGCCCGGGGAAGAUGAGCGAGCCGCUGGCGCUGCCCGGCGCCGAGCACGGCGGGGCUUUGCCGGGGAAGCUGCGCAGCGCCGACCGCAGCAUGGUGGAGGUCCUGGCCGACCACCCCGGGGAGCUGGUGCGCACCGACAGCCCCAACUUCCUCUGCUCCGUGCUGCCCACCCACUGGCGCUGCAACAAGACGCUGCCCAUCGCCUUCAAGGUGGUGGCCCUGGGGGACGUUCCUGACGGGACGCUGGUGACGGUGAUGGCCGGGAACGACGAGAACUACUCUGCCGAGCUGCGGAACGCCACGGCCGCCAUGAAGAACCAGGUGGCGCGGUUCAACGACCUGCGCUUCGUGGGCCGCAGCGGCAGAGGGAAAAGCUUCACGUUGACAAUCACGGUGUUCACAAACCCCCCCCAAGUAGCCACCUACCACAGAGCCAUCAAGAUAACAGUGGAUGGACCUCGGGAACCCAGAAGACAUCGCCAGAAAAUAGAUGAGCAGACAAAGCCCGGGAGCUUGUCCUUUUCCGAGCGCCUGAGCGAGCUGGAGCAGUUGCGUCGCACGGCCAUGAGGGUCAGCCCACACCACCCAGCCCCCACGCCCAACCCACGGGCCUCCUUGAACCACUCCACUGCUUUUAACCCUCAGCCUCAGAGUCAGAUCCAGGACACGAGGCAGGUGCAGCCGUCCCCGCCGUGGUCCUACGACCAGUCCUACCAGUACCUGGGCUCCAUCGCCGCGCCCUCGGUGCACCCGGCCACGCCGAUCUCCCCGGGCAGGGCGGGCGGCAUGUCCUCGCUCACCGCCGAGCUCUCCAGCCGCCUCUCCAGUGCUUCGGACCUGACCGCCUUCAGCGACCCCCGGGUGGGCAUCGACCGCUCCUUCCCGGCGCUGCCGUCCAUCUCGGACCCACGGAUGCACUACCCGGGGGCCUUCACCUACACGCCCACCCCGGUCAGCUCGGGCAUCGGCAUCGGCAUGUCGGCCAUGUCCACGGCCACCAGAUACCACACGUACCUCCCGCCGCCCUACCCCGGCUCCUCGCAGGCGCAGGGCGGCCCCUUCCAGGCCGGCUCCCCCUCCUACCACCUGUACUACGGCACCUCCGCCGGCUCUUACCAGUUCUCCAUGAUCUCCGGCGGCGAGCGCUCCCCGCCGCGCAUCCACCCGCCCUGCACCAACGCCUCCACGGGCUCCACGCUGCUCAACCCCAACCUGCCCAACCAGAGCGACGUGGUGGAGGCCGAGGGCAGCCACAGCAACUCCCCCACCAACAUGGCCAGCACGGCGCGGCUGGAGGAGGCCGUCUGGAGGCCCUACUGAUGGCGAGGAGCUCCCCCAUCCCCGGGCAGGACUGCCGCGCAUCCCCAGUGCCGCCCGCCAGCAGUUUGAGGAGCAAAACCCUCCAGGAGCUGUGGCACAGCCCAGCCAGGCCCUGGAGGAGCACCAGAACAUCCUCCCCUCACGGAGGGCUGAGAUUCUGGGAAGGAGGACGCCCGAGCUGGUGGUCCAGAGGUAGCGAGGGCGGGUUAGGAAGGUUUGUCUCCAGGCCUUGUGGCUUCCUUGGGCUUAUGAAGGUCUCCAGAGCCUCUUAAAAAAAGAGAGAGUUUUUCGGUUCACUUCUAUUUUUAAGACUUAAAAAAAACCUUAAAAGGAAAAAAAAACAAAAAACCAAUAAAACAAAACAAAACAAAAAAAUAACACCCAACCAAAAAAAAAAAAAAAAAAAACCAAAAACAAACCCAUAGUUGAGUUUACUGCAUCUUAUGGACGUUUUAGCUGUAAGGAAGUAUAGGAAGAUUCCCAGAGGGAAACUGUGAACGCUCCUGUUUUAGCAAUGCUGUGAAUGAGAGGUUUUUAUAUGUUGGAUUCAUUCUCUCUUUGCUUUGUUUUGUUGGUUUUUUUUUUUUUAAACCACGUUGUAUAUUCCGAAGAAUACGGAAUUUUUUUAUGGCUGGGGUUUUGCUUUUUUGGGGUUUUGUUUUGGUUUUGUUUGAGGUUUGUUUUCUUUUUGGUUUUGUUUUUUUGGUUUUUUUUUUUUUUUAGGAUGCAGCUCAUCCUGCUUUGCAUCUAAUUUCUCUUGGCACCUUAUAAAUUGCAAAAAACAAAAGAUUUUGCUCUUUUUUUUUUGUUUUGUUUUGUUUUAACCACGCUCACUUCUUUCUUGCUUUGUCAGCUGAAAGAAU